CAUCACCAGUGACGGACGACGGUCUACUGUCUAGGCAGUUUACCUUAUAGCCGAUAGGUACACUUUGUACUUACUACUUAAUACUUACUAGUUACUAUUGUAGUUACAAUUAGUUGGUUGGCGCAGCGCGUCUGCUUUUGUCGUUUCCCACUAUUGAACGUCGAACGGCAUUCGUCGAGAGUCCCUUUUUUUUCGCCGGCACAACGAUGAAUUACUUUCCCGUCACUUUUUUGUUGAUGGUGGCCGCCGAGACUCUGCUGGCAGCUGUUAUGUCUGGCGUAAAUCAUUUGACUGAUGGACAAGAAAUUGAAGAAAACCUCAUCAUUUCAAGGCGCAAGGCAAUCUCCGAACAUGACCACCGGACUGAUUCCGCUUAUGCCGGCAUCUUAACCGAUGAGGAAGAUAUAGAAGAAAUGAAACAUUUAGAACCAUCUGAAAUAAAACCACGUAUGAGUGCUAUACUUGAAAGUAUGGAUAUAAAUAAGAAUGGCUUUAUCGAAAAAAAAGAACUGUUAGCAAAAUUAUUGGAUUCUUAUCGAAAAUUAUCAGCUGAAGAAUCUGAUGCAGAAUUUUUAACUAGUGAUCUUGAUGAAGAUGGUUAUGUAACAUGGAAAGAAUAUGUUGGUGAUACUUAUGGUUCAAGUGAACAUUUUGAUGAUGAAAAUGCAGAAGAUGAAAAACAAAUAUUUUUUGCUGCUGAUGUCAAUAAAGAUGGUCACUUAAAUAAAGAAGAAUUUCGCUAUUUUUAUACUCCUGAAGAUUACCCACACAUGCAAUCUAUAAUUUUGCUUGGUGUAAUGAAUCGAUUUGACACUGAUAAGGACGAAAAAAUCACAUUUGAUGAGUUUAUAGGGGAUAGAAGAACAGACCAUACUGAAGAAUGGCUUCAGGAAGAAAAAACUAAAUUCAUUGAAGAGCUCGAUAUUAACAAAGAUGGAGUAUUAGAUAAAGACGAAGUGCAUAAUUGGGCAUCACCAAACAAUAACAUGAUUGCAGAAACUGAAGCAGAUGUUUUAAUUAUGAAAGCAGAUAAGAACCACGAUGGUGUACUAAGCUUUGAUGAAAUACUGGAUAAUUAUUAUACGUUUAUUUCUCCAGAAAGUGAGACAUAUUACAUAUUUAAAGAUGAGCUUUAAAAAUACCAUCUUUGAGAAUUUUAGACAUUUAUUUUAUGCAGUUGGUGUCAUUUGAUUUGUGAAAGUGUGUUUAACAAAUUCAUAUGUAAAUUGAUUACUUUGUAAUAAUUAAUCAAUAUAAUAAUUCAACUAUUUAGUUACGUCUAAUCAAAUAAAUACGACUAUGUAUUAGGUUGUAUAGAAACUCAUCUUGCCUGUUGUUUGUACGGUAAAAAUAUUUAAUAUAUUAUUCAUGCCACAAUAUAAUAAUUUAUAUACU